GAGUUCCUCGAUUGGGCUCCAAAACAAAAGAGAUUUGGGCAAGGAAACCCUCGCUCGAAUUACAUACUAUAUUAAUACUACUUUCGAUGCAGGUUUUAAGAAAUGUAAUGGAAAAUAGGUUGAAAAAAUUAGUAAAAUGUGGGAGGCACGUAACCUAUUCAUUGGCUCUAGAGAGGGGGGCACGUGGCGAGAUAAUUGUGGCACCAGUACUCCCGGCCCACGAACAUCGCGGCUCACGAUGGUCCUGUUCCAGGGGAACGGGCCAGGUCAUCCACGUUUCAGAUGCCCUUAGAUUCCAUAAUUAAUCGAAGUGUCAAAGUAAUGCAAAAAUCAACCAACUUUGGAAUGUUCUUGGUGGAAAAUGUAACCGUAUAAGCCCCCUCUCUCUCUUACAAGCUCAUAGGCGCUGGUCUUCAUUUAUAAAUAGAGCCGCAAAACAGAUCCACUUCAUGCCCACAAUUUCCAUCCCGCAUAGGAAAUUGUGAAAGUAACCUUAAACAAAUCGAAAAAGAAACCCUAGUUCAAUGGAAAAGAUAGGGAAAGUGGCGUCGGAGAAUGGGGUGGUGAUCUUCAGCAAGAGCACGUGCUGCUUGUGCUACGCGGUGCAGAUCCUGUUCCGGGACCUCGGGGUGCAGGCGGUGGUGCACGAGAUAGACCACGACCCGGACGGGAAGGAGAUCGAGAAGGCGCUGACGCGGCUGGGAUGCAACGGGCCCGUGCCGGCGGUCUACAUCGGCGGCAAGCUCAUGGGGUCCACCAACGAGGUGAUGUCGCUCCACCUCAGCGGCUCCCUCCUCCAGCUCAUCAGGCCUUAUCAGCAGACCUUGUCCUCCCAUGAUUAAUCAUUCCCUGAAAAUUAAGUAUGUUUCUGUUUGGUAUGUACUAUUUCAAUGUGUGUGUAAUGUUGUAGUGCUGAGAAUAAGACUUGGUGUGAUUAGGGCAACAAAUUAAAUAGCUUUCGAUUUAGCUGAUUAGCUAUCAUGGCUAUUAACUUAUUGCUUUCUUUCAAGAAUAUUAUAUUGUUGUUGUUCUAUUUGCUUUUUGUAUAUUAAAUGAAGAUUAAUUACUUUGAUCUA